CCGUUCAAGCUCGGCGUUUAGGUGGUGGGUACCCACGCGGGGUCAACAUGCGUAUAGAGAAGUGUUAUUUUUGUUCAGGGCCCAUCUACCCUGGUCACGGAAUGAUGUUCGUCCGCAAUGAUUGCAAGGUGUUCAGGUUCUGUAAAUCUAAGUGUCAUAAAAACUUUAAAAAGAAGCGUAAUCCUCGCAAGGUCAGGUGGACUAAAGCAUUCCGGAAAGCAGCUGGUAAAGAGCUUACAGUGGAUAAUUCAUUUGAAUUUGAAAAACGUAGAAAUGAACCUGUCAAAUACCAGCGAGAGCUAUGGAAUAAAACUAUUGAUGCAAUGAAGAGAGUUGAAGAGAUCAAACAGAAACGCCAAGCUACAUUUAUAAUGAACAGGCUAAAGAAAAAUAAAGAGCUACAGAAAGUUCAGGACAUCAAGGAAGUCAAGCAGAACAUCCAUCUUAUCCGGGCUCCCCUUGCAGGCAAAGAAAAGCAGCUGGAAGACAAAAUGGUACAGAAAUUACAGGAGGAUGUGGAUAUGGAAGAUGCUUCUUAAAAAGCUGCCUGCAGCCAUUUCUCUAUGUGCAUUUGAAAACUCCUUUGGAUACUUGGAACUUCUGUAUGAUUUGUUAAUUUUUUACAUAAGGUCACUCAAAUGAAAGGUGAUUAAAAAGACAUCUCUUCUAUCUUGCUAUCUGUAAAACAUCACAUUAUGGAUGUUCUGUUGUGUCAGUGUUAAAUCUUCACUGAUAGAUAUCCUUAAUGUAAAUUACAAAUAGUGUUUGUAAUUGCAGAAGUGAAUUGUGGGCAUAAAAUGGUCCACAUUUGGAUAAUGGCACUAGGCAUCAUUUAUGUAAUGACAACAAUUCAUGGCUAAUGAUAUAUAAAAUAAAAUUUUCUUUGCA